AUGUCAGUGUACGGCCUUUACAUUGCGCUUCUGGCCCUGCAGGGACUGGUCUUUGUUUCAGCCCAAGAAUCCUACACCUCUGAAAAAGUGUGGGGUGUUUAUGCAUUCACUGUGAACGGAGACAGCAAGCCCAGUGUCAUCAGCAGCUCAAGGCCAUUGACUGACUACGGAGCAAAUGAACUUGUUACGGCAGCAUCAGCCUUUCGUUCUCGAUACAUCUCGAAGUCUGGAAUAUCGGAGACCGGAAUCCAGGGCAUCUCUCCAAUUAUACUUGACUCAAAUGACGUGAAUGUGCUUUCAACAACCGACCAAAAUGUUAUCGGAUCCGCACAGGCCUUCAUGCAGGGACUCUAUCCACCUCUCGGUGCAAUGAAUGUAUCGAGUCCACAAAAGGUGAAUGGUUCUUUCGAACAGGCGCCAUUGAAUGGAUACCAAUACCCUCGGAUCAUCACGCUCGGCGAUUCAGACCCUCAGUCUAUCAUGGUCGAAGGCCAAGCCAUGUGCAACAUGUACCAAGCCUCCGAGAGUGUCUAUCAAAGUAGCAGCGAGGCCGAGAAAAUGGCGCGUGACACAGAUGCUUUUUACAGGAUGAUAUGGAGUCAAGGAAUGUCUGGAGUCUACGACGAAUCCUUCGCAACUUACACGAAUGCUGUUCCGAUUUCUGAAUACCUGGACUAUGAACUCCUACAUAACGAAUCAUUCAUGCAGAGCAUGACCGACGCCCAAAUCAUUCGCGCUCGCUGGCUGGCGGAUCAGUACCUGUGGAACACAAAUAGCCAACAGUCAUCAUCCAGCGGGUCCAUGAUCAGAUCAAUCAGUCCGAUUGCGGGAAAGACACUGGCAUCGAGUAUCAUGCAGGCAUUCGAUUUGAAUAUCCAGCAAAAGGGAACCCGCCAAAAAAUGACCCUGAUGUUUGGUGGUGAUGAGCCAACCGUGGCAUUGUCGUCUCUAAUUGGUCUUGCAAGUGACCGCCAACCGAGCUUUUUCUCCCGUCUGGUUCGUGGCGGCUCGUUUGUAUUUGAGUUGUACAGUCUCGAGGAAGAUGGGGAUCUGUAUCCAUCGUAUCCACAAACAAACAACCUCCACAUUCGAUUCUUGCUUCACAAUGGAACGGACAGCACGACCGCCUUUGAACCGUACUCUCUGUUUGGACACAGCCCUAGCCAGGCCUCAAUUCCCUAUUCCGAGUUCCGCUCCGAGCUGGAGACGUUUGCUGUGAGCUCAAUUCAGGAAUGGUGUGUCCAGUGCAAUGCGGAGUCUGUGUUCUGUACGGGUGCGCUGGGUGAGGGUCAUUCGACGCCGAAGAAAAAGAAGGGUAUGGCUCCUGCCGUGGCCGGAGUGAUUGGUGCCGUGGUCACGCUCGCUGUUGUCUCAAUUACCGCAGCGAUUGGAUCCUUCCUUUGUGGUGCAUGUCAGAUAAAGUCCCGCAAAGGAAGCGCAAGAAGCAGCUUGGGAGGAUUCAAGGGGCCUGGAAAGCUUGCCAGUGACACAGACGUUUCUUUCCGGAAUCCCAUUUGGGGUACUUCCAAGCCUGACACCGUUCAUCCAUCCGAUGGCAUCCAAGCUGGCGUUGUUGUGCAAGGUCAUGAACGUCUUGGGAGUUGGGAAAUGGGCCAAGGGAGGAAGGAAACGGAGACGAUUCAAUCGGAUGGAGUAAGAGCCUCGCCAUUUGGAGACGAACACGAAGAUUGGCGGAUUCACAGUGGUUUGCAGCCAGUGAAGAUUCGGGAGAGUGUAUAG